AUGGAAGAAGCAGGGUAUCGGGAGGAUGAUGUACAACAGUUGAAUACUUUCUCUAUUAAGACAAUAUACAGAAAGCUAACCGGUGACUGUCAAAAGGUUGAAUGGAGAAGGAUGAUAUGUAAUAACCAAGCAUCUCCGAGAUGGAUAUUUGUGCUUUACUUGACACUACAUGGAAAGCUCCUAACCAGGGAUAGACUGACUCAGUGGUAUUGCUUGGACAAUGUGGUAUGUCCUUUGUGUGGAGAGGCAAGUGGGAGUAUUAAUCAUCUCUUCUUUGCUUGUGCUUUCUCUUCAGAAGUCUGGAAAAGGCUAUUGGAAUGGCAAGGUAUUCAGAGACAAGCUAUGGGAUGGCAAUAUGAGAAAGAGUGA